CCCCGGCCGCCAUUGCCUCGUGCCCGCGCCGGUCGGUUGGUGGCGCCUUUGUCCUGCGGCGGGCAGGUGGGCUGCGGCGGCGGCGGCGGCGGCGGCGGCGGCGGGCCUGAGGCGAAGGAUCGGCCGGGAGGCCGCCGCGCUGGUAGCGAGAUCCCUAUGGAUUUGGAGACACCCGAGAUACCAGACGUGACCGGUCCCCAAUUCGAGGAAGUCCAAGGCGAGAACCCAGGGAUGGCAGGAAUGGCCGGGAUGCCCGGGACGGCCGAGACAUGCGCGACCACAGGGACGGCCGAGACAUGCGCGACCACAGGGACGGCAGAAGCAUGCGCGAUGCUCGGGACAUGAGGGACCUCAGAGACUUUCGUGAUCCGAGAGACUCGAGGGACUUUCGAGAGCACCGGGACCCUGUGUACCACAGAUACAGAGACAUGCGAGACUCCCGAGAGCCGGUGUACAGGAGAGAAGGUUCUUAUGACCGAUACCUACGCAUGGAUGACUAUUGCAGGAGGAAAGAUGACUCUUAUUUUGACCGUUACAGAGAUAGUUUCGACGGACGAGGCCCUCCGGGCCCAGACAGUCAGUCCCGUGCGAAAGAACGUUUGAAACGGGAAGAGCGGCGUCGAGAAGAGCUUUAUCGUCAAUAUUUUGAGGAAAUCCAGAGACGAUUUGACGCGGAGCGACCUGUUGAUUGUUCUGUGAUUGUGGUGAACAAGCAGACUAAAGAUUACGCCGAGUCUGUGGGGCGCAAGGUGCGAGACCUAGGCAUGGUAGUGGACUUGAUCUUCCUCAACACAGAGGUGUCGCUGUCACAGGCCUUGGAGGACGUCAGCAGGGGCGGGUCUCCUUUCGCCAUCGUCAUCACCCAGCAGCACCAGAUUCACCGCUCCUGUACAGUCAACAUCAUGUUCGGGACCCCACAAGAGCAUCGAAACAUGCCCCAGGCAGACGCCAUGGUGCUGGUGGCCAGAAAUUAUGAGCGCUACAAGAAUGAGUGCCGGGAGAAGGAACGGGAGGAGAUCGCCCGAGAGGCAGCCAAAAUGGCUGACGAAGCCAUCCUCCAGGAACGGGAGCACGGCGGCCCGGAGGAGGGGAUGCGCGGCGGGCACCCCCCGGCCAUCCAGAGCCUCAUCAACCUGCUGGCCGACAACCGGUACCUCACCGCCGAAGAGACGGACAAGAUCAUCAACUACCUGCGAGAGCGGAAGGAGCGGCUGAUGAGGAGCAGCACCGACUCUCUGCCUGGGCCGAUAUCCCGCCAGUCACUCGGGGCGACUUCGGGUGCCUCACUGAAGACACAGCCCAGCUCCCAGUCGCUCCCGAGCAGCCAAGGGCUUCCCUCCGCCGCACCCACGCCGACCGCACCCCCCACCUCCCAGCAGGAGCUUCAGGCCAAAAUCCUCAGCCUCUUCAACAGUGGCACGGUCGCGGCCAACAGCAGCUCGGCCUCCCCCUCGGUGGCUGCCGGGAACCAGAACCAGAAUUUUUCCACGGCGGUGAACAGCCAGCCUCAGCAGAGGGCACAGACCUCUGGCAGUCAGCCCCCAAACCUCUUGGGACAGGCGGGGUCGACUCGGAACAUGGGCCCCAGGCCUGGGGCCCCUUCCCAGGGCCUCUUCGGCCAGUCGGCCAGUCGCCUGGCGCCCGCCAGCAACAUGGCCAGCCAGAGGCCCGUGUCCUCCACAGGUAUCAACUUUGACAAUCCAAGUGUACAGAAGGCGCUGGACACCCUGAUCCAGAGUGGCCCGGCACUCUCCCACCUGGUUAGCCAGACCACCGCACAGGUGGGGCGGCCCCAGGCCCCCCUGGGAUCGUACCAGAGGCAUUACUGAGGCUCACACACAGCCGCCCCGUCCCGGCCUCCUCCCGUGUACCGCGGUCUAAUUAAGAGUUACUCGGAGGAUGUUCUUGGCGCCUACCCAGGGCCACGUCGAAUGUCAUAAGUCUCUGCCACCUGCUGUCACUUCCACACAGGCUGUGUUGCUUAUCCCGUCAGAGCUGAAACUGCAUCUGGGGUGUAUCUUUUUGCUGGUUUGGGUGGGGGGCGGGGGGCAGGAGAUACCUCUGGGUUCUCUAGACAGUAUAGGCGUCUGGGCUCAGUUUGUUUC